GAAAAGAUGUUUGGUUUUCACAAGCCAAAGAUGUACCGAAGUAUAGAGGGCUGCUGUAUUUGCAGAGGUAAGUCCUCCAGUUCUUGAUUCACUGACAGUAAAUGCUAUGAAAAGGACUUCCAGAGCUCUUUUGGGUCACAUGAGACUGGUUCAGGAGACAUCUGUAAUGCCUGUGUCCUGCUUGUGAAAAGAUGGAAGAAAUUGCCAGCAGGAUCACAAAAAAACUGGAAUCAUGUGGUAGAUGCAAGGGCAGGACCCAGUCUGAAGACAACAUUGAAACCAAAGAAAGUGAAAACUUUAUCUGGAAACAUGAUAAAAAGCAACCAAAUCAGUAAACUACAGAAGGAAUUCAAACGUCACAAUUCUGAUGCUCACAGUACCACCUCAAGUGCCUCCCCAGCUCAGUCUCCUUGUUAUAGUAACCAGUCAGAUGAUGGCUCAGAUACAGAGAUGGCUUCUGGCUCUAACAGAACGCCAGUUUUUUCCUUUUUAGAUCUCACAUACUGGAAAAGACAGAAAAUACGUUGUGGGAUUAUCUAUAAAGGCCGUUUUGGAGAAGUUCUCAUCGACACACAUCUAUUCAAGCCUUGCUGCAACAAUAAGAAAGCAGCUGCUGAGAAGCUGGAGGAGCAGGGGCCAGAGCCUCUGCCCAUCUCCACUCAGGAGUGGUGACUGAGGUUUAGGUAGAAGGGGAACAAAAAAACUAUUUAAAUUUUGGAAAGAAAACAAAGCAACAAAACCCUCCUAUUUUUAACUUGGAUACCUGCUAUUCUGCCAAAAGACACUUUCUAGAAUAGUUUUGAAUGGGUUGUUAUUUCUCCUCCAGUUCCACAAACUCUG